AUGAAGUACUUCACUCUCGCCACUGCUCUCCUGGCCACCGCUGCCUGCGCUCUGCCUACCGCCAUCAACACCCCCGUCACCAGCUCCGGUCUGUCUGGUGUUAGCGGCGAGGUCAACGAGGUUCUUACCAUCACCACCGCUGAGGGCAAGGAGCUCGUUGUUGAGCUCAACAAGGAUGCCAAGGGCCUCCUGAGCGGUGUCGACCUCUCCCGCAACGUCAAGAGCUCCGUCGGCCAGAUCGUCCAGGUCGCUGACUCUGUCACCGGCCUUCACGUCGGCGGUAUGGCCGGAAGCACCAUCACCGUUGCCCUCAAUGACGGCAAGUACGCUCUGGUUGAGCUCACCAGCGGUGUCGAGGGUCUGCUCGCCAAGCUGGGCCUCACCGAGGUCGACGAGAUUGUCGGCACCGUCGUCUCUUCCCUCGACGGCAUCACCAGCCUCGCUCGCCGUGACGGGCUCGGCUCUACCGUCGAUGGCACCCUCUCCGUUGUUAGCCAGACCGGUGAGACUCUUGUCUUCCAGGCCGUGCCCUCCCUCCUUCAGGGCCUCGACCUGUCCACCAUUGAGGGCACCGUCGGCAAGGUCAUCGCCACCGUCCCCGCCGUUGGUGACCUUGCCUCCGAGGCCGAGAAGCUUGGUGAGGACCCCGCCAACCUCUUCGGUCUGCUCUCCGCCGAUGGUACCUCCGCUCUGCUCGUCAAGGUUGAGUCUACCCUGACUGGCCUUACCUCCGUCGUCGCUGGUCUCCUUAGCAGCCUUGGCCUCUCCAGCCUGUCCACCACCGUGGGCACUGUCGUCACUGGUGCCACUGCCACCGUCGGUGGUACUGUCUCCAACCUGUAA